GCCAGCCUCCUCUCCCGGCUGGAUUUGGAAGCCGUCCGCCGCCUGAGCGCCAUGGCCCAAGGCCGCCGCCUGGCGCUUGCCCUGCUAGCGUUGACCCUCGCGGGCUCUCGGGAGGCGCGAUGCGAGCAGGAGCUCCGCUUCAAGGCCCCGCCCUCGCAGAGACCGGUGCGCCUCUUCACGGAAGACGAGCUGGCCAGGUACGACGGACACAAGGAGGAUGAACCUAUUUACAUAGCUGUGAAGGGUGUGGUGUUUGAUGUCACUUCUGGAAAAGAAUUUUAUGGAAAAGGAGCACCAUACAAUGUACUAGCUGGCAAAGAUUCAACCCGAAGUGUUGCAAAAAUGUCCCUUGAUCCAGCGGAUCUCACUUAUGAUACAACGGGACUCACAGAAGAGCAGUUGCAAUCUCUGGAUGAGACCUUUAGUAAUGUUUACAAGGCCAAAUAUCCUAUUGUUGGCUACACUGCCCGAAGAAUUCUCAAUGAAGAUGGCAGCCCUAACCCAAACUUUAAACCUGAAGAUCAGCCACAUUUCACUAUUAAGGAUGAGUUUUAACAAUAACUUGGCAAUCCCGUGACUACUACAAAGAACCAGGAAGGUAUCUAAAAACUGAAAAAUAUAAUGGACCUAAAAUGGCUUCAUAUCUUUGAGGAUAAUUGCUUUCUAUUUUAUCAUACUCUUACCAUUGGUUAGUUAGUAAUAUUGAUAUGCAUGUAGUUUAUGUGUUGAAAUUGUUUUGACCAGCAAAGUGUUCUGUUUCAGCGUCAGUGGAGAAGCAGUUAUUUUUCCUUAGCUAAUUAUUUGGCUAACUAAAUGCAAAAGCUUAAGAGAAGAGCAGUAUCUGGUGACAAGGAGUCCCAUGUUCAAUUCCACUGCAUAUUACUUAUACAAAAUCCUUAAGGCCGUAUAAAACAUACAAUUUGACAAACCAUCCUGCUAAUAAUUGGCCAUUAGCAAUAUCCAGUUGAAUCAGUGAUUCUUGAUUGAUGUUAUCUAUGCCUCCUUCCAGGAUGGUGGGUUCCGUCUGUCUGUUUGUCUAUUUCUUCUACUCAACAGUCAGUAUGAACUUUGAGUGUUUCCCACCAACUGUGCAUUAUUUCCACAAACUAGUAGUAGAAAGUCUGUGUCUUUCUGUUACAGAGUUCCCUGCUUUGUAGUAAAGUCCAUAAAGAGGAGAGAUAGGGCAUAAGUCUCAGCAGAGGAGGUCAGAGCUGCUGUUUUUAGUAGUAGCAAGGUGACAUUGAAAAUGUUUACUGGAAAUUAAUAAUACUAACCUAUUUUGCAUAUCGUUUUAAGACUGAAUUAAUAUAAUUUUAAUGCAUCAGAAACAUUAAAAGUCUGAUUCUUUAUU